AUACGAAGAUAUAUAACCGCAUAAAAUACGCGCGAUAGAUCGCCAAGUUUAUAGCUGAAACUCCAAUGGCAAGCAAAAGCUUGAGUCUUUCAUGGCUGCUGCUCAUCAGUCUCGCCUCCACCCUCCUUGUCGCUCAUUCAGUUUCUCAGAAUGACCGAAAGGCUUAUAUUGUGUACAUGGGCAACAGGAAGAUGGACGAGGUUUCCACAUCAUCCCUUCACACAAGCAUGCUACAAGAAGCCAUUGGCAGCAAUGUUGGACCAGAAUCAUUACUCUAUAGCUACAGCAAAAGUUUCAGUGGAUUUGCAGUGGAACUAACCGAACAAGAAGCCCAAAAAAUGGCCGGAAUGAAAGGCGUAGUAUCCGUCUUUCCUAAUAAACAGAAAAAGCUUCAAACAACAAGGUCGUGGGACUUCCUCGAAUUUUCGCAGAAAGUUCAACGAACAGCUGUUGAAAGUGACAUCAUUAUUGGAGUUAUUGAUAGUGGAAUUUGGCCCGAGUCUAAUAGCUUUAAUGACAAAGGAUUUGGGCCACCACCUACAAAAUGGAAGGGCACCUGCCGAGCCUCAACCAAUUUUACUUGCAACAAUAAAAUCGUUGGAGCACAAUAUUACCGUAGCUCUGGAGAUUUUGACGAAACUGAUAUAAAAUCUCCAAGAGACUCAGAUGGCCAUGGGACGCAUACUGCAUCAAUAGCAGGUGGGAGCGUGGUUAACAUGGCAAGCGUGCAGGGCAUUGGCUUGGGAACAGCACGAGGAGCGGUUCCAUGCGCUCGCAUUGCUGUUUACAAAGUAUGUUGGUCCGAUGGCUGUUUUGAUGCUGACAUUCUUGCAGCAUUUGAUGACGCCAUCGCUGAUGGCGUGGACAUAAUAUCUAUUUCCAUCGGUGGACUUGCUGGGAACUAUUUUACCGAUUCAAUUUCCAUUGGUGCGUUUCAUGCUAUGAGAAAUGGAAUCUUGGCAUCAACUUCUAUUGGUAACGGGGGUCCAGGUCGGGCAACCCUCACAAACUUUUCGCCAUGGUCUCUCUCUGUGGCUGCAAGCGCUAUAGAUCGAACGUUCGUUACUGAGGUCCAAUUGGGUAACAACAAGAUCUAUGAGGGACUUUCAAUUAAUACAUUUGACCUCAAGAACGAAACUUAUCCAAUAAUAUAUGGCGGUGAUGCACCAAACACCACACAAGGUUAUUCGGGGCUCUCAUCCAGGUUUUGCGACGAAGAUACGCUGGACCAAAAUUUGGUGAAAGGUAAAAUUGUUCUUUGUGAUGGCUUAGGUGAAGGGAUAGGGCCACUCUCAGCCGGUGCAGUUGGCACUGUGUAUCAAGGCCGACUCACUGAUGUUACUGCUUACUCUUUUCCCUUACCCGCAUCUUCCCUUCGCUCGAACGAUGCUCGUAGUGUUUCCUUAUACGUAAAUACGACAAGGGGACCAACUGCGACUAUUCGUAAGACCAAUGAGCGUAAAGAUACAUUUGCCCCUUACAUUCCCCCCUUCUCAUCAAGGGGUCCUAAUCCUACUACACCCAAUAUUCUCAAGCCAGAUUUAGCUGCUCCCGGAGUUAACAUUCUAGCAGCUUGGUCUCCAAUUUCCCCAAUUUCUGAAGUGGAUGUUGAUAAGAGAGCAUUUUCAUACAAUAUACUGUCUGGGACAUCAAUGGCUUGCCCACAUGCUUCAGGGGUGGCUGCCUACAUCAAAUCCUUUCACCCCACAUGGUCCCCUGCCGCUAUCAAGUCGGCCCUUUUGACUACUGCUACCCCCAUGAGUGCUGGAAAGAACCCAGAAGCUGAAUUUGCAUAUGGUGCAGGCAAUGUAAAUCCUAUUCAAGCUGUGCAUCCGGGUUUAGUAUAUGAUAUUGAUGCACUUGACUACGUAAGAUUUUUGUGUGGACAAGGAUAUAAUACUAAGUUAUUACAAAUUCUUGCUGGGGACAACAAUACUUGUUCUGAAGCCACAAAUGGAAGCGUCUUCGAUCUAAACUAUCCUUCCUUUGCCCUAUCCACGCCGCCCUCAGAAUCUAUUAGUCAAGUUUUCAAUCGGACCGUCACCAAUGUUGGAUCAUCAAUGUCUACGUAUAAAGCUAUUGUGACCACCCCGCUUGGACUUACAAUCAAAGUGAACCCUAGUGUUCUAUCAUUCACAUCACUUGGCCAAAAGCUAUCGUUUGCGCUCACGAUCGAAGGAACGAUAGAGAAUUCUGUUGUCUCUGCUGCUUUAGUGUGGGAUGAUGGUACCUUCCGAGUGAGGAGCCCCAUUGUAGUGUCAGUUGCAUGAUCCGUGCACAUUCUAUUCUACAUGUAUUACGUAAUUGGAGCAAAAGCUUUGAAGAAAUAUGCAUAUGAAAGCAGUGGCAGAACAUAUAGGAAAAUAGUUGUAAUUUGAGCCUUUGCUAAAGUUCUGCAAUGCGUUUACUGCACUAAAUAAUAAGUCUUUUUAUACUUUA